UUUUGGUGGCUUGGGACGUUAUGGGUUUAAAAGCCUUCAAGUUUCCAGAAGAUGGUAGAAACAUCGUUCACACACCGCCAAAUCUCUAUUAUCACAACUUCCCAUUGCUUUGCCUUUGAAUCGUUCUCUUCCUUCUACAUAUUCCAGAUUUGCAAUUCGUUCCAUCAAGAAUUCACUAACACCGAAGCAUUUCAAUCAGCGUUGCGAAUCCGAGUAUGAACACCCGUAGGACAUUGUUCUUCUUCCUCGUCGCAUCGCUCUAUUUAUUUACCAUCCACGCCAAAACCCUCGAUCCUUACAAGGUUCUUGGAGUUGAUCGGAAUGCAAGCCAACGUGAAAUUCAGAAAGCGUUCCACAAGCUCUCUCUCAAAUAUCAUCCUGACAAGAACAAAAAUAAGGGUGCUCAAGAGAAGUUUGCGGAGAUUAAUAAUGCUUAUGAUAUAUUAUCUGAUGAAGAGAAGAGAAAAAAUUAUGAUCUAUAUGGGGAUGAGAAGGCCAGUCCUGGGUUUGGUACUGGCAAUCCUGGGGAUCAAGGGGGAUAUGCCCACUUCACAAGUGGUGGGCCAGGACACAGUGGGUCUACUUUCAGCAGGCCAAGUGAAUGGCAAAAUAUGGGUGGGGAUGGAAGUUCAAAAUCAUUUUCGUUUUCCUUUGGCAACCCUGGUGGCCAGAGUUCAUUUGGUUUUGGUUUAGAUGACAUUUUUUCCAAUUUCUUUGGGGGUGAUAUGAGAGGUGGGAGCAAGUUCAAUGGUUUCAGUAGUUCGACCAAGUCUCAGUCUGGGUCUAGAAGUUCUCCUAAGAGCCUCCAUGCCGUUAAUGCACAAUUGUAUAGGAAGGAAGUUGCUGAUAAAGGGAUCGCUUGGCUUUUAUUAUCCUAUACGCCAACAUUGAAGGGGACCCAAUAUUAUGAAUCUAUUGUAGAAGAGGUUGCCAGCUCACUGCAAGGAGCAUUAAAGGCUGGAAGCAUAAAUUGUGAAACUGAAAUGACUUUCUGUAAAGACCUUGGCAUAAUUCCUCGUAAAGCACCUAGAGUGUUUGUUUAUUCAUACAGAGCAAGUGAAAGUGGUUCCUUGGUAGAGUAUAGUGGUGAUUUGGCUGUGAGAAGUUUAAGAUCAUUUUGUCAAGACCAUUUGCCGAGGUUUUCUAAGCGAGUUGACUUGAGUCAUUUCGAUUUCUCUGGUGGUACUGUGGACACAUUGCCUAAAGUGAUGCUUCUCACUACAAAGAAAGAUACCCCUGUUAUCUGGCGUGUUCUUAGUGGCUUGUAUCACAAGCGCUUUAUCUUCUACGAUGCAGAGGUCCGUGAUGUUUCUGAUUCAGCGGUGAGAAGGCUAGGCGUUGACGCGCUUCCAGCUAUAGUUGGUUGGCUAUCAAAUGGAGAGAGCCAUGUAUUGAGGUCAGGAGUUUCCACGAAAGAUUUGAAAUCUGCAGUCCAUGACUUUAGUGUCUUGCUUGAUGGUUUUGAGAAAAAGAACAGGGCAGCUUCUGGUCAUGCUAAGAAAAUGCAGGCUGAAUCAGUGGACAAAAAGAUACCUCCGCUUAGUGGGUCUAAUUUUGAUGUUCUUUGUGGAGAGACAACUCCGGUUUGCAUUAUUGGUGUUUUCAGGUCAUCCAGAGCAAGAGACAGUUUAGGAAGCAUUCUAUCAUCGGUCUCUCAGAAAUCACUGUCGAGGCGACAGAAUGCAGCCUCCGUCUCUAGGGAUACUAUUUCCUAUGCUCUUUUGGACGCCACCAAGCAGCUAUCUUUUUUGAACUCAUUCGACAAAUCUGGAUUCAAAUCCAUAGAAAAGCUUUUGGUUGCCUACAAACCUCGGAAGGGGAAGUUUGCAGCCUUUGUGGGUGAAAUUACUACAGAGGAAGCAGAGAGGUUUAUCAGUUCAGUUCUUAGCGGGGAUGUACAAUUUAACAAGACUCGACAGAGGCCCACACUCAAGCGAGAGACCUAAUGGGGUACCAAAACUGAAUUGUUUGGUUUCUGAAUUUAAUGUAAAGAACAAAGUAUGGGCGCGCCAUUUUUUUGUUGAUCAUCCAGACAUUUUUUUUGAAGGAGCUGUGCGCUGGACUCAGCCCAUAUGAAAGAUAUGUUACUUCGUCUCCAUUAAGGAGAUAUGUUUGCAGGGGGCCAUGGGAAAUCCUUCGAGACCGGUGAGGUUUUUGUAGUGGGGAGUUACAGUCUCAUAUAGUGCUUGUUUCUAACAUGAUGAGUCGAUAAUGUAAAAUUAAAGACAAAUAAAAUUUAUGGAAAUUCUUUAUUGACAGGUUUUUCCGCUUUCUCUAA